GACUGUAUUCGUGCUGGGGAAAACACUGAAUGCAACACUGCAAGGUUUGGUCGAGGAAGAGAUUCAGACAUACGAUGACAUCAUACAGAGCAAUUUUAUUGAUUCUUACAGGAAUCUCACUUACAAGUCCAUGUCCUGGCUCUCCUGGGUACGGGACUGGUGCCCGGAGGUGCCCUUCGUAGUCAAGACAGACGACGACGUCUUGGUAAACCCGUUCCACCUGAAGACCUACCUGGCCAAAGAGCUCGAGAGAAAUGCGGCUCCGAGCGACAUCUACGGGAGAGUCCGGGCCAGGAACAAGCCGAUGAGGAAGGGCAAGUGGAACGUGACGAAGGAGGAGUACAAACUGACCUACUACCCGCCGUUCGUCCUCGGCCCCGCCUACAUCGUGAGUGGCAACGCCGUGGACCGUCUCCUGCAGUACGCCGCCCACACGCCCUUCCUGUGGCUCGAAGACGUCUACAUCACCGGCCUCGUUGCCUCCGCCGCAGGCAUCAACCGCGUCCAGGCCGAGAGGACGCUGUACACCAAGAAACUGAACCGAGACCUUUAUUCGCGCCAGACCGCUUUCCUCCUCGGCGCGGACGAGAAGAGGAAGAAGGUGGCGUGGAGCAGCAUCGUCAGGAAUUCGCCCGUCAAGUACGCCAGUCGGAGGAAAAGGAGAGGAAGUUAGGAGGUCGACAGCGAGUUGUUUUUAUGGACUCAUAGGCUGACUUAUUUAUUGUUGUGGACGUAUGUUAGUUUAGUUUUUUUUUAUGCUGUUCGUGUACUAAAGUAAUUUUCCAAAAUA